CCUGCACAGAGGUUGGCUGAGCAAACACAGCAUUUAAAAGAUGACUGUGGUUCCAGUUUUCUCUUUUCUUCUGCUUUGUUGCUUCUUCAGCUUUCUCUCCCCUGCUCAAAGCUAUCUUUUGGCACACUGUGAACCUGUCAAUGAGACAGUCUCUGUGGAGAAAGAUGGAUGCCCAAAAUGCCUGGUGUUUCAAACCGCCAUCUGCAGUGGACACUGCUUCACCAAGGAACCGGUGUACAAGAGCCCAUUCUCCACCAUCUAUCAGCAUGUGUGCACUUACAGGGAUGUUCGCUAUGAAACCAUCCGCCUCCCAGACUGUGCUCCUGGCGUGGAUCCUCACAUUACAUAUCCCGUCGCCCUUAGCUGUGAUUGCAGUCUGUGCACUAUGGACACCUCAGAUUGUACCAUCGAAAGCCUUAAUCCAGAUUUCUGCCUGACACAAAGAGAAUUUAUUCUGGACUACUGAAUCACAUUCAGUGUGUGUACCACCAUAUACUUACACAUCUAAUAUGCCAAUUUACUUCAUGACUAAUCAGUCUGAACUCUUUGUUAUAACUAAAUGUACUAUUAGCCUCCUUACAAUACAAAAUUUGGCUUUAAGAUAUUGACAAUGUUUUUUCCAUAGAUUUAUAUGUAACAACAUUUAUUUAGAAUCUGCUCCGACCAUAGAAAUUAUUUAAAUUUCAAAGCUGACAAAUGACUAUAAAUAGAUCAUAAUUAUUGCACUCUUGCAUUACUGUUUCAAACACAGUAUAUGACACAUUUAUUGACCAUGAAAACAUUUCACUUCAUCUAUAAAGUUUUCAACAUACCACCCCCUCUCUUAAAUGCCACAUCUAAAGCUAUGUUCAGUAAGCACUGGCUGCCAUGAAAAGUGGAUAACAACCAGUUAAUCAUUACAUUCUAUUAAGGGACAGCAGUCAAACAAUCCCAGAAUAUCAUUUUAGCUUUCCUCAUGCUAAUAUCAACAUAAAAUUCACAUUUUUUUUUUUUCAAAAUAUCUUUAUUGUAAUUUUUAUUUUUCCCGAACAGACACAACAGUACAUUAUCCUGAUGCACAUAUACACAUACACCACCACCCUUCCAAUAUAAAUCAUACAUAAAUACAAUUAAAAGAUACAAUAAUAAUAAUAAUAAAAAUAAAUAAAAAUAAAUGAAUACAUAAUAAUAAAUUAAAUAAAUAAUAUACAUACACAUACAAUGCCAAACAUUUCACAAUGUUCACAGUUUACAGAUUCUUAUUCAGUGAGAUUAGCAUUUUCAUCUGUCAUUAUAAUCAUGUACGGUUCCCAGAGAUUGGUAAACUCUCUUUGUUUGCCCCUUACAAUGUAUGUUAGUCUCUCUAGUCCAAUAGAAUUUGAGAGUUCCCUUAUCCACAUUUUCAAUGUAGGACCUUGCAUGCCCUUCCAGCACAGCGCAAUAGCCAAAAUGUGGCCUGUAGGAGUCCAAAGUCCAGAACCGGAUAUUGUUUCGGUGUUCGUAAAAAGUUCUUCGGGUAUAUCCCAAGCAAACAUAGUUUGGCAUUUAAAGGGAUUUUGGCACUAAACAUCUCUGACAAACAGUUUAUGUCAUCUCUCCAAAAACUCUGAAUUUUUGUACAUUCCCAUAAGCAGUGGAAAAGAUUACCUUUUUCAUUCAUACACUUAGUACAGAUAUCUGGAAUAUUAGCAGACAUAUGGUGGAGUUUAACAGGUGUUAUAUACAUUCUCAUUAGCCACUUGUAUUGAAGUAAUAAAAUUUCACAUUUACAUUAAACAUUAAUUACUUUGUUUUAUGGUUUCCAAUUGUUAAAGGGUGUGUUAUCUUAUUUCUAGAAAUGUAAUGAUACACUACCCACGAUGCGAUACGAUUCACAAUACUGGGUUCACAAUACGUUUUUUUCCCGAUUUUUUAAAACAAAAUGAAAUUGAAGACAAAUUAUGACAAAGUUUCCUUUUAUUAUUUCUCUUUAAAAAAUAAAAUAAAAUACUGUA